AUGGGCUCAUACAGGAUCAUUGAAGGAAACACUCCUGGAAGUGUGACGGACUGGUCGAAUCAUCAGAAUAAUUCUGGCAAUAAUGUUUUUUACUUCAGUUUCGCCCAACUAGCCAUGCAAAUUAUUCUCUCAGCGAACCAUCGGACCAUGAUUUCAUGCCAGAUUAUUGAUAUGUAUAGGUCGUUUUCGAGAAAAUUAAUAGAUCCUCUCCGUGAAGAAGUCCGCUCCAUAAUGAGAACAGCCCUUGGAGAUGACUCUUGCCACAUCAGAGGGUUUGAUCUGCAAAUCGCCAUUCUUCAGAUGCUGGAAGCAAUUCACGGAUUUGAACUGCCACAACAGUCUUCCAAACCAGAGAAGUAUGAAAAGGGAUAUACAGCAGACGAAGUAUCAGACUGGAAACAGAAUAUCAACAACCCCUUCGGUCUCGAUGUAUCAACCAUCUAA